CUUUUUAAUAAUUUAUUUAUCUAUAUCAAUAUUAGUAAAAAAUUGCAAUGAAAUUAUAGAGCUAUCAUUUCUUUUGACCUUCAACUCCUUGGGAAAAGUCAAUAUUAUAAUGCCUACGUGGUGGCAACGUUGUCAUUUCAAACAUUUCUCAAGCUCCGUUUCCCAGGGUUUUGUAGCUUUGCCUCUUUUCUCUCUCUCCCGCUCAAUUGAACCUUGUACAGCCCCACCCCACACAGUAAAAAUCCCUCAGCUGGAAGCCCUAACAACCCGAAGAACAAAGAUUUACUGAAACCCAUCAAGUUUCCAUUGCCGGAGAACGAAACCCAGAAUUUGUUUCGCGGUGAUUUUGGGUCUUCAGUCUCUUUAUUUGACCAGUAGUUGGCGAAUAAAAAAAAGGGAAGAAGUGACGGCCCUUUUGCAUUUCUGUUUGUGAGAAUAUGGAGAGUCCGGAGUUGGUGGAGGGUGACGGGAUUUUGGAUAGUUAUGUGAGUGUUUCAGCUCCGACAGCUUUUGUACCAAUGGCUAAUGGUGAAACUGCAAGCGAGAAUUUAGGGUUUAGUAUGUUGGAUGAUUUGGACUCAUAUUGGGAAGAUAUUAAUGACCGCUUGAUAGUCUCACGGUUGGUUACUGAGUCUGUCAUCAAAGGGAUGGUCACUGCUGUGGAACAAGAAGCAGCUGAUAGAAUUGCAGCUGUGAAACAAGAAGCAGCUGAUGGAAUUGCAGCCAAGGAAUUGGAGUUGACCAAUUUGAAGGCGUUCGUUAGAUUUCAAAAUUUGGAUAUUGAUGAAAUCAGGUCAAUGAACUAUGAUGGUUCAAUCCAGAGUCUCAAAUCUGAUUCGGAAUUAUCUAAAGUGGGUGGUGUUUCUCAGGGAAAUGAAUCUGAAAACUGGAAUGAUGUAAAUACAACACUGGAUGAAAGACAAUGGGAGAAAGACAUACAAGAUAAACUCAAAACAAUGGUUUUGCGAAGCUCAAUUCAGACAUCUGUAGAAGAUUUUGAGCAGAGAGUAUGGAGUGAAAAUGCAUGGUAUCUUGAUAGCCAAAGAGUUCAUUUGAAGGAAAAGUUCAGUCGAAUUUCUGACAUCCGCAUUGAGUUGGAUGCAAUUUUGAAGUCGUUUCCUCAUACAGAGACAGGGCAGCUCGCAUCACAAGGCUCUAAUGACACAGAUCAUUUCCAUCGCAAGAGCUUGAGUAGUUCUAUUACUUCGUUAUCUCUCUGGAAUGAAAAUGGAAAGUUGGAGGGUUCUAGAACUGAUAUACCUGAAACUUACGAAGCUGCCUCAUUUAGUCAUCUAGACAGGGAAGGACUUGUAGGUCAUUUUAAUAACAUUAUAACACAGAUGAGAAGAGACCAUGAAUCAACUGUGCAACAGCUGACUGAGGAAUUUUUUAGUUUGAAAAGGGAAUAUUUAAAAGAAAGGGGAUCUUCUUCUGCGCACAAGAAGGACAAGGAAUUUGAUGCACUGAGAAAAAGGAUUUCAGAAGUUGUUCUUAAAUUAGAUGAUUUCCUUACGGAAAACGAAAACCCCCCUUCAUCUGGCGUUGAUGCUAGAGAUCUCAAUAGCUUCAAAAAUAGACUUGACAGUCUUCUUUCUGAAAACCAUCGACUGAGAGAUUCAGUUAUGGCUAAAAAAGAGGAGGUGAAGUUUCUGACAAACCAACUUGCGAUUAGUGCUGAGGAAAAGUUGCAGCAUUCCUUGAUCGAGGCCAAUAUGGUGAAAACGAUAGAAGGCCUUAACUCAGACUUGGUUGUUGCACAUGUUGAAAAUGCUCUGGUUCAUGAUGUUUAUAAGUGCACUCUAACAGAUGUAAUACGGUGUGUAAAAUGUGACAAGGAAGAGUCAGACUUGAAAAUGUCACUGAUGCAGGAUAUAUAUGAUGUUAUAUUGAGUGGAACUGCCCUUAAUGCUGAUAUUGAUUCCGAAUCUGGAGUUGAAGAUUCUGAUAUGGAGCAAUUGAUUGUGCAAGAAACCUUUGAGAUAAUAUUCAGGGAAGCCUUAAAGGAUGCUGAGGAAAACAUGAAGCAACUGUAUGGGGAAUAUCUGGUUGAAACUGAAAAUAGAAAAGCUGUCGAGAUGAAUCUUCUUGAAAUAGAAAAUAAGUUAGCAUCAGAAGUUGAAGAUAAGGAAAGGCUGAAGCAAGAAAUUGCUGAAUUUUUAAAGACACUUGAAGAGAAGGAGAAGUCUGUUAUUGACUUAUCAUCUAAAUUGACAAACGAGAGGAAACGACUUGAGAUAGUCAGUGAAGAGCUCAACAAAUCAAGAAAAAAGUCAAGUGAACAGGAAAUAUUAGUUUGUCAAAUAACUGAAGAACUGGAAGAAGUGAAGGGUCAGCUGAAAGAGUCUCUGUUGCAAAUUGAUGAGGAUAGAGUAAACAUCAAAAAACUGAAUGAAGAGCUCAAUCAAACCCUUCAGGAUCUAAAGGAUGCUAAUGAGCAAAGGAAGAUGGCUGUUGCUCUUAGCCAAGAAAAGCAAACUAGAUUCUUACUAUUUGAAUCUAAAGAAAAUGAACUCAGAAAGCAGAUGGAAACAGUGGUGAGUGAGUUUCAAGGGAUGUUCAGUGGUUUUGAAUCCAAAGUAGCUGGCAAAAUCCAAGCAAUCAACUCAAGAUUUGAAAAUUCAGUAUCCCAACUUAGUCCUCUAUUCAAAAAAGCUAAGUUACUCAAGAAGUCGGGGCGCAUGUACCAGCAGAGGCUAGAGAGAAAAAGUGCUGACCUUCAAAUGGCAGAGGCAGAGGUUGAUCUUUUGGGAGAUGAAGUUGAUAAGCUACUGAGCUUGCUUGAAAAGAUUUACAUAUCGCUUGACCAUUACUCUCCGGUUUUACAACAUUAUCCAGGGGUCAGUCAACUAAUUUUUUGCUAUCUGCGCUUUGUAUUUGCAUGUUCAACCCCUUUAUGGUUGUGUAUAGUUUUCCUUGACUACAUAUGAGCAUCACAGACUUGAAAGGUUGGGCUUGUGGAUUACCUGUGUUGAUAUGUUCCGAUAUCCUUCUCCCUUUUUGAAAAGUUAUGGAUGAUAACUGUGCAAAUUGCUGCGAGAAGAAACCCUUUAGGAGCAAGUUGCUGGAGACAGUCAUUUUCAAUUGUUUUUUUUUUUUUUAAAUGUAAUUUUCAGGAAAAAAUUUUACGGCUUAGCUUUAAUAUAUUUAAUAUUAAAUUAUUUAGGAUUCAUUUCGAAGAGUAUCUUGAUCCAGUUACCACUCAAAAGGAAAAACAAAGAAAGAAAGAAAUGGAAAACAAAUUGAUCUCUACCAUGUCCUUGCCAGUAUACAUGGCUCAAACCAUAUAAUUGCCUUUAGACGUGUUGUUUUAAGUUUGUUGUAUCAUUUUGCAGGUUGUUGAGAUUCUAAAGCUUAUUAGGAGGGAACUAACUGGAGAAUCGAUGAAGACAAAACAGUUCUCUCCAUGUUAAGGUAAUCUGUUCUUUUAUAGAACAUUCCCCAGACUGAUGCCAAUAGUUCCUAACUUUGCUUUAGCUAGCUUCACCAUCAUUGUAGCCAGUUAAUGGUUUGUCUUAACUGUCGCUUCAACCCUUUCCCUGUUUCUUUUUCCCCUUUUUUCUCUCUUUGGAAUCGACGGCGAUGGAUUGCUUCAGAACUUUUUGCUGCUGCUGAUUGCGAGACCUAGAAAGUAGUUAACCCCAUAUUGUCCAUAUCUAUUCAGCACUGCUCAAUGUGAUGUUGAUGUAUAUAUAUGAUAGAGUAGCUCAACUAGAAUACUGC